AUGCGCUGUGCGGCGCGAGCCUCGACUCAUUCAAAGACACGUACACCGAGAAGAGGAAAAUACACACAGUUGUGAAUCGCGUUUUCUCUUUUACUCCCRGUGCUACACUUCGUUUCAGUUUCGGACAAAAAUCAGUCGUUUUUUAUUUUAUCGGAGCUCGAUGGCACGAGGAGAAGGCGCGGAGCCGUACGCUGCAACUUUACUGACUGUUAAACCUAACACGGAUAUAAAGCCUGUAAAGAAGCCCAAAGCMCGCAGGAAAGGCCUGUCUGUGUGGAAUAAACUCUGCUAUGCCUUCGGAGGAGCUCCUUAUCAAAUUACGGGCAGCGCUCUGGGCUUCUUCCUCCAGAUUUACCUGCUCGAUGUCGCACAGCUGGACCCCUUCUACGCCUCCAUCAUCCUGUUCACGGGCAGGGCGUGGGACGCCGUCACGGACCCAACUGUGGGGUUCCUGGUGAGCCGGAGCAGAUGGACCCGCUUCGGCCGCAUGAUGCCCUGGAUCCUUGGCUCCACUCCGUUCGCAGUUCUAACGUACUUCCUGAUCUGGUACGUUCCUUCGUUYGAGGAAGGGAAGGUCAUCUGGUACCUGGUUUUUUACUGCCUCUUCCAGUCAAUGCAGACGUGUUUUCAUGUGCCAUAUUCAGCCCUCACCAUGUUUAUCAGCAACAACCAGAAAGAGCGCGACUCCGCCACCGCCUACCGUAUGAUGGUGGAGGUGCUGGGGAUGGUUCUGGGCACCGCAAUCCAGGGUCAGAUAGUCGGCGGCGCCUCCAGUUGUCCCGCUGAGCUCAACAACACGAACAGCUCCGACUCCACRACAGACCCAGCGACAGUUUCGCUGGACGAGACGAAACGAGCGUACAUGGUCGCCUCGGGGGUCAUCUGCUUCAUCUACGUCUUGUGUGCUUUAGUUGUGUUUUUUGGUGUGAAGGAGCAAAAAGAGAGCGAGCGGGAAACCUCGGAGCCGCUCACCUUCACUCAGGGCCUGUGGAUCGUCGUGAGUCACAGACCGUACAUCAAACUGGUCGUGGGUUUUCUCUUCACAUCUCUGGGCUUCAUGUUACUGGAGGGGAACUUCGCUCUCUUCAUCACCUACGCUCUGGGCCACAGGGAGGACUACCAGAACAUUCUGCUGGUCAUCAUGCUGUCUGGGACUCUGACCAUCCCGUGGUGGCAGUGGUUUCUGACCCAGUUUGGAAAGAAGAUGGCGACUUACUGGGGCACCUUGUGGGCAGUGCCCUUCAUGAUCAUUAUCGUCUCCGUCGAGAGCAACCUGGUCCUUUCCUACCUGGUGGCGGUGGCGGCGGGCGUGAGCGUGGCAGCAGCCUUCCUCCUGCCUUGGUCGAUGCUCCCCGACGCCGUGGACGACUUCAAGGUUAACAAUCCGAACGUCUGCGGACACGAAGCUCUCUUCUACUCGUUCUACGUGUUCUUCAUCAAGUUCGCCUCUGGACUGUCCCUGGGGAUUUCCACUCUCAGCUUAAAAUUUGCUGGGUACGUGACUGGUGAAUGCUCCCAACCUGAGGCGGUCAGUUUGACCCUGAAGGUGCUGGUCUCCCCUGUUCCCAUAGUCCUGAUCAUUGUGGGGCUCCUGAUUCUAAGGACCUACCCCAUCGAUGAGGAGAGGAGGAAGGACAACCGCAAACUGCUCCAGGAGUUACUAGAUUCUGAGUCUGAAACAUCAGAUCUUGGGAGCAGCGUAUAACAGACACUUUGCACGUUUUUUUUCUUGACCAGCAACGGGCCAACACAGCUUCCUCAUCAGCAURAACAUGCCUAUAGAGAGCCACUAGAGGGUUAUGGCGCCCUCUAGUGGCAAGUCUGUGCAUCAAGUAUUUUUUUGUUGCCUUUACCACCAKUUGUGUCCUAAAGGCCCUGUCGCACCGUAACGUUUUAGACAAGUCGGCUUCUGACGGGUAUAUAUUUGAUCCAGUUGUAAGCAUUAUAAUACGCCUAGGUCCAAAAGAGGCUUCCAAUAGAUUUAUUUUAAAUUCCAUCAUCAGCUUAGACAUCUUUGGUGUUGGACAAACUUUUCAUAAAUUGGCAUAAGUGGUCUAAAAUGUUAUAUUGUGACAGGGCCUUAAAUAGAUGAAUAUUGUUUAGAAUUUUGUAAAGACUUGACUGCAAAACCAUUUUUUCACUUUGUAAAACAAAUCUAUCAUUGUUUCAGUGAAACGUGGCAAAAAUUGUCCAUAUCUCCACCUCACCUUUUUUUUUUUGCCAAAGAUUUUCUUGUUUACGGAGAUGUUACGGAAGGUUUCAGCUUUUGGUUUUUGGUAGAAAUAUCCUCCUUAGAUCCAAAGCUUGGUUACAAACUCGAAUUUUGUCUCGUCGUGUCUAUUAAAGUAUUUAUUUUCUGGUUUACGCCACUCGAGCACCCAAGGAGCGUGAUGUUACCUUUGGUGUUUCCAAUGAGAGAUUCACUCUGAGGAUAUCAGCUUUUACUUACAGGACACAUAAAACACUCGUACUGACUAUGGAGCUUUGUCAACAAUGUCUACCUUCAUUUUUACUGAACAUUUAAUGAAGGCGUAAACUUGAGUACUUGAAUUUUCUGAAGGUUGUUUUUGUAGAAUAAGUACUGAACUAUUUAAAUCACUGCCUUACAAAAAUGUAUUUAUUAUUGCCAAAAGAUUUUUUUUCUGUUGAACUUGAACUCCAAAUACUUUUUGUUGUUUUUGAGAAUUAUUUCCUUUCUCCACUUUUUCAGCUUUAAUGUUUGUUGAUUUCUGUGAAGUAAAAAAAAAAAAAAAAACUAAAUGUGCUUUUAUGCAGUCAGUUCAUGCAGCCCAUUGUCACUUCCAAAGAGGGGAAACUAUUUAACUAUUUAUUUAAACAUGCAGUCCAAGGGAUUACAAUUCAAAAACUUACAUAAUUUAUUGAACAAUGUUUAAUAACAGUACCAGCCAGUAGUUCCCACUCAUAUUCUGAAAAGAUUUUACGAUCUGUGUUUUUUGUCUUGUAGUUUUCCUUUUGAAGGGGUUUGAAGUUGAACUGUUUAAACUCUCCACUGCAUCUCUGUGGUUCUCAAUGCUGCUGUUUGUAUAAACUGUAAAUACUUUUUCAAAAGGUUGAUGUUAAAUAUGUAAAUCUGUGCGCAGAUAAAAUAAAAAUGAUUUGUAAAAAUUGUCAUUUAUGUCAAGAAAUAAACUUUGUUGAAA